CGCAAAACAGCGGCUCGCUCCUUCCAACCUAUCUCAGACAACCAAGGUUUCCAGUAUCUCUACCUUCCCUGUCGCCUCAAGGAGAAAAUCUCUAUCGUGCGAGACAAAUUGGCAAAAUUGCAUAUCGCAACGUCACGAAUUCUCGAUAUCCAAUUCCCCACAAAGACAAUUGUAGGCCUUCUGGUACACAAUGAUUAUGUCCCCACCAUCCGCAACCGCCUUGCAAAGGCUAAAAUCUCCACGAUUGAUGAAUUUGAUCCCUUAUCUGGGACUAUCCUGCGCCACCCUGAGCUCCUCACCCUCUCUGAAGCUGACAAAAACGCAAAAGCUUCUGAAUUCCACACCAAACGCUGCCUACGAGCCCUCGAUUACAUCCGUAAACCUGUAGCUUUCUCGGUAGCUAAAACCUUUCUUGAAAACCAAUGGAUAACCCAAGAA